CGUUCAUUCUUUCACAGUGAAAUAAAGUGAUUGAGCUACUGUUCAGCAUCUGAGGACGUCAACAGUCCAGCAAAAUGAAGGUUGAAGUGGGUGUUACAACUUGAAUACCCUGGAUGCUACAGAUACCCAUCAAUUUGGAGGAAAGUUCCAGGAAGUCAUUAGAAAAAUCAUGAAAAGAGGGUUAAAUUAUGGUGGUAUUAGGGAUGACAGAUUCAGAUCUUACGGGUUAAGAGAUCUAACAUUAUUGAAGAGGGGGCGUGUAAGAUGGGAUGAGACUAAUCUGGAGGAAAUUGAGGCAAAUAAACCUGUAAGGCAGAAAAUCACUGAACCCAAGACACCAUAUCACCCCAUGAUUGAUGAUGAUGGAUCUUUGUCUCCGAUACGGAAUAGGUUUGACGAUAUUGUCAGUGAUGAAAUGCAUGCUGAUGAAAUGCAUGCUGAAGCAAUACGAACAGCUUUGAGUGAUGUGGCUUCUUCAAGUACAAAUGAUGGACGGAAAUCAGGUGGCUGGACAUCAUCUGAGGAUGAGGCGGAUGUUAUGGAGCAGGAUGAUGAAGAUUCCGAGACUGAUAGGAAUGGUAUCAGCUUUAGGGAGCACAGAAGAGUUCACUAUGAUGAAUUCCGGAAAGUAAAAGAACUCCGGCGUAAAGGUUCAUUUCUUGAGGAUGAAGUUGAUGAGGAUGGUUAUGGUAAUAGGGAAAGAAAUGGGAAAUGCGAUUCAUCUUCAUCAUUAACUACUGGUGUGAAGGAAAUAGACAUCGAUCACGAAGGUACCGCAAUUUUGCCUCAAAAAUCUUCUGCAGCUCCGGCUAAUGGAGUCUAGAUUGAGCCAAUCAAGGACCUGAAAAACUGACAAUUUUAGUUGCUUAUCAUUUCAGUUUUGUGUUUUUUUGGCAAGAAAAAACUUAAUGACUGGUAUGUUUUUCAAUGCUUAAUGUAAAUAACUCUCUUACAUUUUGGCAUUGUUGUGUCACUAUAUGUUCAUGUUCCACGAACAAUCUAAGUGAGUAUGUAUUUCGAACCA